AUGGCGGUUCGUCAGCCUUCGGUUAUUUGGGCACAAAGGGAAUCCUUUUUAUAUGUCACAAUUGAAAUUGAUGAUGUUACUGUUGAUGAUCUCACCGCCGAUAAUAACAAAUUACAUUUCAAAGGCACGAGCCACACCGAAGUUUAUGAGACAACUUUGGAGUUUUUCGAUGAAAUUGUCGGCAGCGAUAUGAAGCGCACCCCUACAAAUACUCGGGUUAUUGAAUUGAAUAUUCCCAAAAAAGAAGCAAAGUGGUGGCCCCGGCUUCUGAAAGAGAAAGGAAAGGUACACUGGUUGAAAGUAGACUUUGAUAAGUGGAAGGAUGAGGAUGAUUCUGGUGCUGAAGAUGGUAUGCCGUCAUUUGGUGGCCCAGGAGCUGGUGGAUUUGAUCUCAAUUCGUAUAUGAAUCAAAUGGGAGGUGGAGGCGGUGCUCCCGACUUUGAUGGACUCGACGAUGAAAGUGAUGGAGAGAUGCCGGACCUUGAAGAUGACGAUGACGAAGCGGGUGAC